AUGCAUGUCUGUCCUCCUUCCUUGCCACUGGUGCGUGCCCUGUGGCUGGUCCUGCAGAUGCACCGCUGGCAGCCAGCCAUGCCUGACGGCAGCCGGGAUGAAAAUAUGGAGGCACCACAUCCUCGAUGCAUUCAACAGCAGUGGCACAUCAUCAAUGCACAGGUGGCAGUCCGCCUGAAGGUGCAUCCACACGUCAUCACCAAGAUCGGCAAGAUGCACCUUGAGGACAUCAUACACACCAUUGACCUCGUUGCUGCAGGCCUACCAGACCACAUCGAGCGGCUGCAAGACACACAACCCGCCAUCACACACCUGGUCUGUGCAGUGCAUGCUACAUCCACAAAUGAUUUGGGCUCAAUUGCAUCACUGGCCAGCCUCCACAGCCAUGCCAAUGGUCUGUGGCUUGUCUUUGGCCCGCCCACGCUAUCCUUCAUCCUCAAUCCAUCAUCCUUGUCCUCCCAAGCUGUGUACCGCCUCAUAGGAUGCAGCUACAACUUCAACCCCAGCACAGGCCAGCCAAUGGACCGGCCACCACCAGCGGAAUGUUGUCACCUCAUAACAUCCAGCCCAACAUCAUGCGCGGAGUUCAUGCGUGGAUUCAUCCACACCUUCUGCGAUGUCUUCCUUAGCUGGCCUGUCAGCCAUGAACCCCAGGUCCUGGACUUCAUGGUGUUGUAUCCUGUGAAGCCCAUCCAGCAGCAGUCGCUGCCAUCGCCCAUACACUUCAGUGCAGCAGUCGGCCACAGAUGCACUGCUGACUUCACACUCAAUUACGCCACCAAGGCAGAGGGUGGCCAGGGUGGCCCAUCACCAGUGACACCCUUGGAUUUCAUGACCAUCCAGGAGUGCAGCACCAUCCUCAAACCUCCGACUGAUGCUGCUGGCCCUGCCCCACCUCCCAGUGAUGAUGCUGAGAAACCACCUGCCCUGAGCAUCACAGCCAGCACCUUCCAGCAUACAGCACCUUCCAGUUAUCCAGCACCUUCCAGCAUACAGCAUCCCACGCCCUUCAUGCGUCACCAUCGAGGGACUCCUAUGACAGCCCCAGCUCCACCCUACCACUCCCACCUUCACCGGAGCCCUACCCAGAAUACAUUGCCCACUUGCUUGACCGAGCGACCACCCGUGCCAAACUUCCGAUUGUCAAGGGAAGCAUCACGACUGUGUGGCCCCCAGGCAAGCCUGGCACUUGCAAAAGCCAAGUCACUCCUCCUCACACUCCUAUGGUUCGCCUUCCAGGAUGACUGCCACCACUGCAUCACCAUCGUCAGCUACACCUGGUGUGUGGCCCUCCAUGAUACAACCCCCGCCAAUGCUGGUAUCAGCAUCACCACCUUCUUCAUGACAGCCCACAGCCAGCUAACCCGCUGGGGAGGAGGAACCCUUGAGCGCAGCAGCAGCAGUGGCCCCACGGACCGCAAUGGCGGUAGUGGCGGCAGCUCCAACAGCCCAGCACACCCGGGAGAUGACCCGGGGCCCCAGCUGAGCCCCGUGGUGCCCUCGUUCUACCUCAUCAGGGACGACCUGCUGCACCCCGUCCUGGGGGGCAACAAGGUUCGCAAGCUGGACGCGCUGGUUCCGGAGCUCCUGGAGGCGGGGGCCACCGACCUGGUGACCUGCGGGGGUGUGCAGAGCGCCCACCUUGCUGCAGUGGCUCUGGUGGCGGCGGAGACGGGGCUGAGGUCGCAUCUGCUGGUCCGGGGGGAGGCACCGCAGGUGCCCGCCGGCUAUCAUCUCGUCACCCGCAUGUACGGCACUGAUGUGUCGUACGUUUCCCGUGCCGAGUACGCGGACCGACACGCGAUGUUGAGCGCCCGUGCGCGGACGGUCCAAGAGACUACACCUGGCGCGCAGGUGGCGGUAGUGUCGGAGGGGGGCGGCGACACACCAGCGCUUCUAGGGCUUCUGCGCCUCGUGCACUGGCUGGCGAGCGCCAAUGGAGAGAGCAGUUGUGACGGUGCUUCGUUGAGCGGCACGGUGCAUAGAGCGCAGCCAAGGUGCAAUGGCGAGGAGUAUGCGUACGGGCAUAGAGUAUUGAACCCUCGACUGGCCACUGUACAGCAGCUGCCGUAUCCGAGUACAACACCGUACAAGUUGGUGGUGGAUUCAGGCACUGGGACUACGGCUAUCGGUCUGGCACUGGGUAUCGCCCUGCUGGGGCUCCCCUGGACAGUUCAUGCGGUGAGGCUUGCUGGUGAGCAGUCGUACUACACAUCCCAGCAGGAGCAGCUUGUCCGUGGCUUCUUAGAGCGCUACGGCGAUGAGCUGUUCACGGGCACCAGCACCAGCAACAGCACCCCGGAGGUGGCCGUCUGUCAUCCAAUCAACACCAUGGCAUUGGAGGGAGACCCGGGGUGUUGUACGGCGUCAUCAGUACAAGAGGCAAGAUCUGAAGAUGUGUCUACACCGGCACGGCCGGCAUUGAAGGUGGUAGCGGAGGCAGCGCAGGCCUCUGCACCUCUAUCAGUGCCAGUGCCAGUGUCGGUGUCAGGGAUUGGCGCUGUUGACGGUGCUGUGGGGGACGUUGCUGCUGCUGCUGCUGCGGCGGCGGCGGCGGCGGCGGCAGCACUGCCUCUUCGUUGGGUGUGUCGACCGGUUCCCCGCCGGUUCGGGCGGGUGCAGGAGGGUGAGGUCGCGACGUGCAAGCAGAUUGCCCAGUUGUACGGUAUCGGCCUGGAUCCGAUUUACAGCCUGGCGGCCUGGGAGGUGGCAUCCAGGGAAGCAGUCGCGGAGACGAACCUGGAAGCUGCACAUCCCGGUGCUUUGCGACCCGUGGGUCACCAGGAUGGAUCAGGGGAGGACGUGGCUGUUACAUGUAGUAAUGGUGGUGGUGAGGGUGGUGAGGGUGGAUGUCGCAUCAGCUGUGGUAAUGGUGGAGGUGACAGCAACGGCGGCGAUGCCAGCAAUGGUAGGGAACUGGACGUGGACCCACGGGUGGCUGGGGGAGUCGAGAAUGAAGCCGUGGCGGGGUCGCAUGUGGUGAUGCUUCACGGGGGUGGCGCCCUGGGGCUUCACGGGCUGGCACAACGCUACCCUGCGGCGUUUUAA